GUUCGUUCGAUUCUACGGACCAGGUUGCAAACACGAAGUUCCAAGUUAUUUGUAAUUGGGAUGUCGAGUAAAUAAUCUUUGGGUGUCAGUCAGUUAUCGCUGUUGUGUGUAUCCGUACUUAUUUUCUGUUUCUACUCGUGGACUAUGAACUAGCUAUGUAGUUUUGUUUUUAGACAAUUCAUGAAUGAAAAUUUACCUUAGAAUGUUCUUGGAAUAAAUAUUAAACAUGGUCGAACUCGAUUUUUCCUCCACGGGAACAGUUCCGGAAAAUGGAGUUCCGGACAUGACUUCUCUCACUGUUUUAGAUGAGGAAGUUAUCAACAAAAAUCUUAAACUCCGAUACGAAAACAACAAGAUAUAUACAUACACUGGCUCUAUUCUGGUUGCAGUAAAUCCGUACAAGGACAUUGACAUUUAUAGUCAGUAUUAUGUUAACAAAUAUUGUGAAAAGAAAAUGCGCGAAGUGGAGCCCCACGUUUUCGCGUUGGCCGAAGCUUCAUACAAAUCUCUCCAAGCAGAUAAUCCUGGACAAGGAAACAUGAACCAAAGUUUAGUUAUAAGUGGCGAAAGUGGAGCCGGAAAAACUGAAUCAACUAGAUUCAUUCUGCAGUAUCUAUGUUCAGUUACCAGUGGUGUUUCCACCUGGGUGGAGCAGCAGAUUCUUGAAGCAAAUACUAUAUUAGAAGCUUUUGGUAAUGCAAAAACUGUUCGGAACGAUAAUUCAAGUAGAUUCGGGAAGUUUAUGCAAGUGUGUUUUGAUUCGAGAUGGAUGAUAGCUGGAUGUAUCGUUCAAGAUUAUUUGUUAGAACAAUCGCGAAUAACUUUCCAAGGUCCUGGAGAGCGAAAUUAUCACGUCUUUUAUCAACUGAUCGAAGAAGCCAAAGUCAAUCAAGAAUUAGCCAAACAACUUCACCUGAAAGAAGCCAAAUUUUAUAAUUACCUUAACCAGUCAGACUGCAUUAAAAUCGAGGGAGAUUCAAGAAGACUUGAUAGUUUAAUGUUAGCAUUUAACGUUUUGCAAGUGCCACCGAACAAGUGUAAUGGAAUAUUUCAGGCAUUAUCUGCCAUUUUAUGGUUAGGUAACUUAACUUUCGAAGACAUUGAUGGAGAGAGAUGUCAAUUGACUAAAGAUGAUGAACAAAUUAUAGAAAUUUUAUCGAAAUUAUUAGGAUUAGAAGCAGAUAAUAUUAGACAAGUUGUUUUAUUGAGACAAAUUAAUGUUAGGGGGAGUAUAACUGAAAUUCCCCUGAAACUUCAAGAGUCUAGAGAAAACCGACAUGCCAUGGCGAAAGCUUUGUACUCCCGUACGUUCGCGUGGUUAAUAAAUCACAUAAACAAUUGUACGAAUCCAGGUCAGGAUUCAUCCAGAUUUAUAGGCGUUUUGGACAUUUUUGGUUUUGAAAAUUUCGCUGUGAACUCCUUCGAGCAGUUAUGCAUUAAUUACACCAAUGAAAAACUCCAUAAAUUUUUCAAUCAUUACGUUUUUGCUUUGGAACAAGAGAUAUAUAUUCAAGAAGAAAUCCAGUUCAAUCAUAUAGCUUUUACAGACAACACCCUAUGUCUAGAAUUAUUAGAGAAACCACCUCGUUGUGUUUUGAGACUACUAUCAGAACAGUGCCACUUACCAAGAGGUUGUGAUGCUUCCUAUAUUUCCAAUCUUCAUUCUGAAUUUGAAAACCAUGAAAGAUAUGUGAAAGGUGAAGAUCGAAGAAAAUGGGAAACAGAAUUUGGAAUCAAACAUUAUGCAGGCUGUGUAACUUACAAUGUUAAGGGAUUCGUGGACAAGAAUCGAGAUGUUCAACAAGAUGUAUUUUUUGACAUACUUUCUAGAAGUAGUAAUGAAUUUGUACAAGAAUUGUAUACCUUCCAAGACCUGUCAAAUACUAUAGCACAAAGGAGUUCUAUUGUAAAUGGAGCUACUUCGACUGUAUCGAGAGGUACUAGUAAGGGCAAACCUACUGUUUCAGAUAGUUUUAGACACCAACUUCAGGCUCUUGUUGAUGUGUUACAGUCUACAACCCCUUGGUAUGUCCGAUGUAUAAAACCAAACAAACACAAACUUCCAGACAACUAUGAUGACCAGUUAGUAUUAGAUCAGCUCAAAUAUUUAGGAAUGUUGGAUAUAAUACGCAUAAGGAAAGAGGGCUUCCGAAUUCACAUGACCUUUGAAGACUUUGUCAUUCGUUAUCACUGUCUUUCCAAAAAUCGCUUACCUCCAGACAUGGUCAAAGCCUGUCUGAAUUUAAUAGAAAGUCAUAACGUGCCAAAAACUGAAUGGCAAAUAGGCAAAACCAAAGUUUUUAUGAGAUCUCACGUACAUGAACCCUUGGAAGAAGCCAGAAACAAAUUGUUAAAAUCUCGUGCUGUAUUAAUCCAAAAAACUUAUAGGAAGUACAUUAAAAGAAAAGAAUAUAUAAAAAUCAGAAACGCCGCAUUAAAAAUACAACACGCUUAUAAAGGAUGGAAACUAAGGAUAGAAUUUUUGAAAAAAAGAAGAGCUGCAAUUGUUAUACAAAGUCAUUUGAGAGGAGCUUUUGCUAGAGAAGUAGCAACCGCAUUGAGGGAGAUGAGACGUGUUGAUGAAGAAAUGAGAAAAAGAGAAAAGUUGGAGGAAGAAAGAAAGCAACGAGAGGAGGAAAGAAAACAAAAGGAAGAAGAAGAGGCUAGAAGACUUAUGGAGGAGAAUCAAAUAAAUGAUAUGCCGCCGCCACCGUCGUCGUUCAUCAAAGAAACGGAAGAUUUAGAAAAAAGUGAAAAAGCUGCUGAACAAGAAAUUGCAGCACUUUCACAAAUGGCUGAACAAUUGAAACAUAACAGACCCGAAGUACCAACUGAGUCUGUAGAUUUGGAUAAUCUCUUUGCUUUUCUUUCUGAUGUUCAACCAAACAAUCGUAACCAAAUUAUUGAAGAAAUUGGGGAAAAAAUGGAUGAAUUGGUAGAGGAUUUGGAUGUUGAGUUGGAAACUGUAAUACAGCAAGAGUUGGAAGGAUUGGCUCAAGAGCAACAACAACCUACACCACCAAAAAUGGGGCUUCCUACACUCCCAGAGCCUACUGAGCCACCUCCACCACCUCCUCCUAUAGAUUUUCAGGUGGUUCAGGAAUCUACUCCAGUAUUGGUGGAAAAAGAAACGAAAGGAACAUCAGAUGAACCAAUUUAUGAAGCAGUUCUCCCAAGAGAAGAAACUGUGCCAGUUUGUGUAUCUCCUCCUCCACUUCCAGCUCCACCUAGUCGGCUGUCAUCAGAAUCACCAAAACCUACUCCUCCUGUAUCAAGAUCUAACAGUGGCGUGCAUCCUACAUGGAGAUAUUCUCAUGAUCAUCAACAACAGAUGCAGCAACAGCAACAACAAGAAAUCCAAAGCAAUAUUGAACGAGAACAAAGGAGAAAAUUCAGGGUCGAAAAGAAAUUACAAGAGCUGCAUGAGAACAAUGAAAAUGAGAAGCUGAACAUAGAUGAUAUACAAUUGGAUAUGGUGGAAUUUGCUAACAACUAUUUCAAUGCUCAUGAAAGAAGUCCCGAAGGAACCAUAAUGGCCACAUUGACCAGAAAGAGACAAAGCUCGGAAAUGAUACCAAAAGAAGAUAUGGUUGUUUAUUAUAAAGGAAAUUCCAUACCCAGCUCACAUAUUCAUCUCUAUGAUCCAGAUAAUAUUAAUAUUGCCUGCAGUAUAUUUAGGGACCUGAAUAAAUACAUCCGUGGUGAACUAAAUGGCGAACGAGAACUCCAAGUGAUCCAAUCAAUAGUCGGUUAUGCUUUAGAACGAGAAGAAUUAAGAGAUGAAGUGUUUGUACAAUGUAUUCGGCAAGCUACUAAUAACCCAAGUACUGAAGGAACGGAGCGAGUAUGGUUAUUAUUAUGCCUUUGUGUGGUUUCGUUUCAACCCUCUAAAUUACUCUAUCGAUACUUCGUAUCUUUUCUGAAGAAGAAUCUCUCUCAACCUGGAAGAAUUAGUCAGUAUGUUCAAUGGUGCUUGGACAAUUGCAAUAACAAUAAGGUUUCAGUUAGAGAACAUCCUCCAUCUUCAGUAGAAGUUGCUGCCAUGAAGAGACUGGGUACUAUCGUAUGUAGAUUUUUCUUUUUGGAUGGUCGAACAAAAGCAAUAGAUGUACAUCCGACAGAUACUGCAGGAGAUGCAGCAAAAAAAUUAGCUGAACGAUUGGGAUUGCGUAAUUUAGAAGGUUGGGCAAUAUACCAAAGUCGGCCAGAUGGUGAAGAACAUGUUAGGGCUCAUCAUUAUUUGUACGAUGUUAUUGCCCAAUGGGAAUUAAAUCAAAGUAAGUUGGUAGCACCCAGUGGUUUAUCGACAUUGGGAAGAAGAAGUGGUCAAACUGUUAGUGGAGGAGAGAACAGAUUUAUUUUUAAAAGAAGACUCUUUAAAUCUAGUCGUGAACUUAGUCAAGAUCCGGUAGAAGUUAAUUUGAUGUAUGCUCAAGCUGUACAUAGUGUUGUGAAGUGUGAUGAUUUUCCUGUGACGGAGAAAGUCGCAUUACAAUUGGCUGGUUUACAAGCACAAGUAGCUUUAGGAAAUCCCAAAGAUAAUAAUAAACUCGAAUAUUAUAAUGAUAUUGACACAUAUCUACCCUACAGAAUAAGCAGGACUCGAGGGGAUGAUGUGUGGGUACCAAUAAUUGCUCAAGCACACCGACAAUAUGGUGCAAAUCGUACCGAACUGACUGCCAAAGCUCUCUAUCUUUCUUGCGUCAUGCAAUACCCUUUGUAUGGUACCACAAUGUUUUCAGUUACCUAUCGUGGUUAUUGGUCGUAUGGAAAUGCUUUAACUUUAGGUGUUAACAGUGAAGGUAUAAUGCUUAUCAAAAAUGAUGAUAAGUUUGUUCUUAACGAGUUCCAUUAUCAAGACGUUGAAAGCAUUCUUCUGGAUCCCAGCGAUAGUUUUAUAACGAUAACAUUACAGAGACAUCUAAACGAUAAUAAUAACAAAUGUUACGUUUUUGAAACGACCCAAAAGAAUGAAAUAGGUUCUUUAAUAGCUAGUUAUUGUCCUUCACUAGCCGGUUGGUUAACUGAGAGUGAAGCUCCUACAAAGAAAGUUAAAGCCAUAACCAACGAGGAUCGUGUUCGGUUGUAUCAUAACUUAGUUAAUUGCAGACGAGCUUUAGUCGAUAACGAUAUUCUGAGAAAACCUGUUGACACUUCUGGAAACUUUUUAAGAAACACUCUACGUAGAUUAAGCAAACAUAAAUUGGAUAAAUUGAGACAAGAACAUGGUGGAGAUACUGGAGAAACUUAUAAAGGAUUCCAUUAUGCUUUUUGGGCAUUUAGUAGACAACCUUUGCAACAAAGUAUUAGCCGAAUACCUGAGCCUGAUGAGCAGAUUAUGCUCCAAGUGUUCCAAAUUAUCCUGACUUAUGCUGGGUUGGGACAAAAUGGUGAGGUUAUAAGACGAGUGGAAGAUGAACAUGUAACUCUCUUACAAACUAUCAUGGAACGAUGCAUGAGAAAAGAAUCUUUACUCUGCGAACUCUAUUUGCAACUUAUAAAACAAACUACUGAUCAUCCAGAUCCAAAUUCAAGAGUUAACCUGAGACAUUGGGCUUUGUUGUCUUUAGCUUGCUCUGUAGUUCUACCUCCUAACAAGGCUAUACGUAGAUAUCUGAUUGCUCAUUUGAAACGAUGUAGCUCUGAUUUUGUCACAGAAGAAGGAAAAUACGCAAGAUUUGCGGAGAAAUGUUUAUCAAAAACUCAGGGAACUCGAAGACGACAGUGGCCACCAUCUAGAGAGGAAAUUCUUUGUACGAUCAAUAGACGACCAGUAUACGCCAGAUUCCAUUUCAUGGAUGGCCAGUAUCAUUCAGUAGAAUUCCAUCCAUCUGCUACUGCAAAAGAUGUACUUGAAGUGGUCAGAGAUAAAAUUGGACUUAGCAACGAGGCAAAAGGUUAUGCAAUAUAUGAAGUCCUGGGUAAUUCAGAACGGAGUUUGGCAGCAGAAGAAAAAGUAGCGGACGUUAUGGCCAAAUGGGAAAGAUACAGGGCAGCAACUACAGCAAACGCAAUAAAUAAUACUGGUACUACGAAAAGAGCGAGACAACAUCACUUUUUCCUAUUUAAAAAACAUCUUUUCAUGGACAAUUUUAUCAAUUUAAACGAUCCUGUAGAAAAAGAGCUGCUUUAUCACCAAGUUCUGCAUGAUUUGAGAACUGAUAGAUUCCCUAUAACAGAUAAAGAAGCAAUGAUGUUGACAGCACUCCAAGCUCAGCUGGAACUGGGGGAUCUUGAAGAAAUUAUUCAUGAUUACAGACCUAUAGCUGCCCAUUGUUUACCAGCACGUAUGGUCCCUAUUUUACCAUGUGAAGGAGUUCAAAUGCAUCACCAAUCGUUAAGAGGAAUGACACCUUCAGAAGCAAAACAGGCAUUUUUGAAUCUCAUACAGAGUUGGCCUUUGCAUAAAGCUACAAUUUUUGACGUUAUGCAAUCCUUCACGUCCAAUUGGCCCCGAGUCCUCUGGUUAGCAGUCGACCAAAAAGGUCUUCAUCUUCUAGAACACCGUUCGCGUAAUGCUCUUUGCACUUACGAUUACAACAGCAUACUAAGUUACUCACCUGCUCUUAAUUGUUUGAUGAUCAUUACCGGUAGCGAUCAUAAGCAAAGUAAGGUGAUUCUUACGACUGCGCAAGCGUUCCAGAUAGCCACGUUAAUCAAAGAGUAUACAGAAGAAUUACACGGAUAUGCUAUGGAUCUCAGAAGGGCUGAACAGCAACCAAAAAGUCGACCGAUCAGUGGAUUACACCACAAUGCUCCGAUGGUUCCACCUCAGCCCAGCUAGAAGAGGGUUACUUUCGCAGAUCAAGUUGGUAAAUCAAAUUACUGAUGUUAUUCAGUAAGGUUUAUCAAAUAGAUUGGUAGAAUUGAUUUUACGGCUCUCUACAACAUUUGAUGAGGAUUUAUUAGUUUUAAGUAUGUUCAUAAUUAAUUUCAUAAGGCUUCUCUUUAUUAUCGGUCCCAUUACUUCGGAUAUAGUUGAAAAAUUGCUUAUUUGCAGCUUCAUAUAUAUCUCUAAUUGUAUAAAAUAAAUUUAUUUACAUAUAAAGACCUGGAAUGUUGAAUACUCUAAGCAUUAAUAUAAAGAAACAAAAAAAACUUGCUACUUUUAUAAAUUUUUCAAUGAACAUCGUUUAAAUAAUGAUAAAAACCUUCAUUCUUUGACAUACAGAUGUAGGUCGAACUGUAUGCAUUAUCCUAAAUAAUUUUAAUGUUGUUGCUCAGUGUAAUAUAUUUUCUUCCUAAUAGAAGGAACAUUAUUAUAUCUAAUAUGAUAAAUAAAUUCUAAGUUGGAUUUUCUAUUGAAAUUGAUUUUUUUUACUAAAUAACAAUUCAAACUUUUUAUGAUAAUCAUAUAUAACAGUCGAUACAAAAAAUAAUUAUGUAAUACAGAGUGACAUAGUGAAGAACACUAAUAUAAAAUCCUCUCUUUUUCUCUUAGCUUCUUUACAAAUUAUUCCCGUUAUUCUACAAAGGAAAUGUAACUGACAUCAUUUUCAAUUCUUUAAAUCUAUGUUUUUUAUAAAACUAUUUUUUUUACUUAUACUUCCCAUUUGCUAUGUUUUGGGAAUUCAUAAUAAACGAUUUGUCAAUCGAACUGUGUCAUAUCCAAAGAGCUCUAAAACAUUCUACCAAUUUUAAUACAUUCAUUUUUAUCCAAUCUCAUGUAUAUAAACGAAUGUAUUGAUCUGCGAAAAACAUUCUUGACAAGAGUGUUUAAAUAUACCAAAUAUUUUAAUAGUAUUAUUAUCAAUAUUUGCUGAAAUAACUUUGUAUUUUUAUUCAUUUUUACUUCCGAAUAUCCGCCUUUUCGAAGUUCUUAAUUGUUAAUCCGAAGGUAAAAGUGAAACUUUUUCUGUUAAAAACAACUCCAUAAUAUUUGAAUCGCCAGUUGGUGAAAUUUAUUGUUUUUGUAUAAAGACUGAAUAGCUGAAAUAUACAUCAGACACGCUAAGUAACGUUAUAAUAUAUUCAAAAUGAAGUCAAUCGUUUCCAUAAAUGAGUUGUGAGCCCUAAACAUUCCAACACAUUAUAAAUCAAAUAUUCUAUACCUUUACCAUUUAAGAUUAUAUCAAAAUAAAAUGGUAACCAAAAAGAAUGGAAUACAAUCAUUCAAUUUCUAUCUACAAUGGUACCAGCUAUAGUUUCGUUAUUGCUUGGUAUAUGAUACAUACAAUAACGGUCCAGAAUGAUGUCUUGUAGAAUACGAGGUUAUCGAAAAUAAUCUUCCAUUCAGAUAGGAUGGAAAAUUUGUGAUUUUUAAAAUCAAAGCUCGUUUCUCAGACUUUAUCAAAUUUAAGCAGAAUUCUCAGUAUCUACUGUUUGUUCUCCAUUGCUGUAUUUAUGUUAUACACUCGGUUUAUUUUGUAUGGGUGCCUUUUUGAGUGAAGUAUUGAGAACAUAUUUUUUUCAUGAUAUAUUUAUUGGUUCACAAUUUUGUUAAAAUAAUAACGUGAAUGUGUGUGUUGUUGAUAACAUAUGUGUCUUUAUUACAUAAUAACAGAUAAAAUAGCUUACUAAAUGUAAACAGAGUCAUUAAAGUUCAGUCUGUGAGGGGAAACCCAUAAAUUAUAUUUAAACGUUUAAUGUGGAUUCUUUAGCAAAAUAGUUGUUCCAUAAUUAAAAAAUUGUAUAUUAAAUUGGAGAAUAGCUAUAGGACUUUUCGGAAACUAUGAUAGAGUUAACCCGAUCUGAAUGUUCGCAAACUAACUCUGAUUACGUUCAUUGUUGUUCGGCAACUGAUGAGUUAAUCAGAUCAUAGUCAUAUAUUAUGAAUUUUUCUACCCUAAUAGACCGGUGCACACUGGGGUAAAACACCAAAUUAUUGGACAUUGUUGUUAUAUAGCUAGACUGCUGCCCGUACAAAAAAAGUUAACGUAAAUCCCCAUUAAUUUUUAACAAGGAAUCGAUUUCUGUAUUUAAAUUUUAAUUUUGAUGUUCAAGGAAGUGCAGAAGACACUUUUUUUAAAUUUGAACCCCAUCACGACGCCGUAAAUUGAUUUCACUCCCUAUUUCCAGCAACUAUUACUUAGGUCACUUUUUUUUCGAUAGGAGCAACCGUAUAAAAGGGUUACGGGGUUUUUCGGCAAACCAAAACCUACCUUUUUCAUAUAAUGAAUUUUUCGCCCGCUCAGAACUCCUUUUUUUAUGAAUAUUUUCGAUUCCAAGAUCGUAAAUGAAUUGUCCAUAUGCCCGGUCAUAAUCUCUAAAAAAAAUGAAAAACGUCGAGAUUUUUGUUGAUAUUGCUAUUAAAGCUAUCCCGAUACUGAAUUUUAUUAAAGCUGUAUAAACUUUAAUUAUGAUAAUAAAGUUGAAUUCCCGUGAUAAAGAUGGUUUAUUAAAUUUUGGUAUAGAUUUUUCAUGGACGAUCUUAGGUGGAAAUUUUUAAUUAAAAAGAACGUGAAGAUGGAUCAUGAUAAUAGAAACUAAGAAAAACAGCUUAACCAAAAAAAAUUGAAGAAAUUCGAAAUUUCAGAUAUUGGUCCUAUGACCACAAAUGCAUAUGUUCGCUCCUCUGUGCAUGGGGUAAUUGCGAUUAGCUGAUGGUUUAUUUCCUGUGUCCAUUACUUUUCGAAUUUUCAAAUUUAUUUUCCCUUAAAUGGCUUUCUACUAUUAAUUCUCAUGAGCAGCAUCAAUGACAUGUUAUUAAGGUUUGCGGGUUUUAUAAUUUUGGGCAUUCCGGCAUUAGCUUAUUGAUGUUAAACUUUAGUUCAAAAUCCGUAUGAGGGAGUAAAUCCUUGAAAACUACUCAAUAACAAUUAUUAAACAAUUAGAAUCUAUUAUACAACUAAAUAGAUGUCUUGAAAGAAUUAACGCACAAAAAAUAAAAUAAUAAGAUCAAAAGUUUUUAGAUUUAGAUGUUUUAGAUUUGAAAAUUACAUCGAAAAUUGAAAGAGACGUUCAGAAACUGUAAUAUAAAUCUCGUUCUGAGUUAAGAUCCGCAAUCAGCUGAUAGAUAAUCUUGGGACCAGUCUUGGGCUAUAGUUUCCGGAAAGUCCUUAUAUUUCAGUCUAUUUUUUGUUAUCUAAUAAUUAAAAUCUAUUUGACAGUUGAAUCAAUUAAUAUAUAAAGUUUUUGAAUAUUCAUAUUUCUUUCAUACCAGCACAUUUGCUUGUACAAAAAGGUAUUUUGAGAUAGAUUGAUUUGUCUUUGUUUCUUUUUACUUUUGACAAUAUGUAAGAUUAUUCGAAGUACAAAAACUAUGAAAAAAAUUAUUUCACUUUAAAUACCUAUAUUUAGGGAAACGGUUGAUUUUGUGCGUCCAAUAAUUUAACACAUACCAAACUAACCUUAACUGUUUGACCAUAAUUAUUAUAGAAAUGUUAUAAACUAGUCAAAUUGUAUAUACGAGUAUAUCUGCCGAAUAAAAAUGGUAUAUUUAUUGUACAACUGUACGCACAUUGUUUUAUAUAUUUUAAUAGUUCUUGCAUUGCUUGAAUUUUAUAUGUUUUGUACAAUAUGAUUUUUUUAACAUUGUGAUAUCCCUUCUUUUAAAUUAUUUUAUAAGUUUCUGUUCUAUUUGGUUUCAUUAUAUUAUUUAUGUUAUGUAAUAUAACUAUUUAUAUAUCUUAACUAAAUAAAAUGAACAUAAAU